GGGUAUUUCUCGACGGCAUUGGUGCUGUGAAGGAAACGGCGAUCUUGUGUGCGUAUGAAAAAGUGAUUAGAAGUCGUGGUGCAAACGGCGUACAGAUUUUGUCAGCUUUGCUUUGAGGAGACUGGACAAGGUGUUCUAUAUCGAUCGGUAGCAGAGUUUACGGAAUCCGUGUCGUGAAGGACUCUUCAGGUCGUUGGUGUUCCAUACUUGACACGCAACUCCAAGCACAUCCAGGAUGAAUCCGCUGCGCCUUCCGCUUCUGUUCACGGCGAUUCUACUAACCAUCAAUGUGACGUGUCAGAAAGUGCGGAUAGGCGAGUGUCCUGACGUCGAGCCCGUCCUCAACUUCAACGCCACUGCCUUCAGCGGACUCUGGUACGAGAACCGCAAGUACGUCAACCGCUUCACGCUGGGCCAGAAGUGCGUCACGACCAGGAUCAGCUCCAACGCCGACUCGGUGCUCGUUUUCGACACCCUGGGCUACGAGAAGUUCUUCAAACCGGUGCGCCUGCGGGGUUUCGCCCUCCAGACGUAUGGCCCUGACGUUGGCGCCUUCUCCGUCGGAGUGCCGAUCGCUGAGGACCUCAGCAACCCAAACCUGAAUGUCAUCGAUAUCGACUACGAUCAGUACGCGAUUCUGUACAGCUGCCGGACCAAGAUGGGCGGUCUGAGCCACCUGGAGUGGCUGUGGGUGCUGUCUCGCACCCCGUACCUAACGGCGCCCACCCUCACCGCCAUUCUUCUGCGCCUGUCCCACCACGGGUUUCGACCGCUGGCACUGCAUCCCACCGAGCAGAACUUCUGUCCAGACAACAUACCUGGCGUGUAGCGAGGGGUCAUGUGUCGUUCAGUUGUCAUAGGGAUGCGCAGAGAGUCCAGAGGCACAGCUGUGGAUUUGAACUAAGAUAUGGUUGAUAAUGUGGAACACGUAGGUAUUGAAUAAAUGA